GGUUGGGGCUGGAGAGGCACUGGCGCGUUCGCUGCAUCACAGGAGCUGCCUUCGUGCAUCGCAACUGGCCACCGCCUUCCAGCCCUUGCUAGCGCCGUUGUAGGAACCACUUGUCUUCCCGUUGGAUAAAUGAAGAAAUCCCCGCAAUAAAUAGCGCCCGCUCCGCCUCGAUGGACCCCAGUCUCCCCAUUGCUUUGCCAUGUUAAUAUCGUUAUUUUUUAACAUUCAAAUAUGAAUCAUGUAUCUGAUAUUUGUUUCAAGUCUUCUCGCAAGCAUCCUUGUGUCCUGGCUGAGUCUAAUCGCGGUAGCAUCAACUGUUACCAGCGCAGUAGAGAAUGAAUUUCUGAAGGCUGCAACGUCGCCUGGCGUAAGCAGUGACAACUCAACGCGACACAGGGAAGAGCGUGAGGUCACCUAUCCUUCCAGGCUCAUCUAUUACCUGAACGAGGAUUCAGAGAGCACUUACCAUGACCUGGAUACUAAGACUCGGAACCAGGAUGGAGAGAAUCAGGUGGUGCACCUCGCUCAAGCCAGUUUUAAGUUAGAGGCCUUUGGCUCCAGAUUCAUACUGGAUCUCACAUUGAACAAUGACCUGCUAUCUUCAGAUUACGUGGAGAUCCACUAUGAAGAUGGUGGCAAGCCUGUGCUGUCAAAGGGCGGUGAGCACUGCUAUUACCACGGACAUGUCAGGGGGGUGAAGGACUCUCGCGUUGCCCUUUCCACCUGCAACGGGCUGCAUGGAAUGUUUGAUGAUGGAAACUAUGUCUACAAUAUAGAACCCUUACAACAGACCCAUCUCAUAGAUAUGGCUGCCCGGCCCCACAACCUCUGCCGCACGCACACGCUGCAGUGGGCCCGCGACCCAGACAGCCUCAAGAUGUCCUGGCUGAGACGCAGGAAGAAACGUGCUAUGCCCCGCAGUGUCUUUGAGGAGAUGAAGUAUCUGGAGCUCAUGAUAGUCGCCGAUCACAACAUGUAUAAGAGACACAAGACCAAGCAACACACCAAGAACUUUGCCAAAUCCGUGGUCAAUCUGGUGGAUGGUGUUUUCAAGGAUCAACUGCACACACGAGUGGUUCUGGUCGGCAUGGAGAUCUGGACUGAACGGGACCAGAUUCCCAUAAGCGUGCGGCCCUUAGAGAUGCUGCGGGACUUCGCCAAGUACCGGCAGCAGAGCAUCAAGCAGUAUGCAGAUGUGGUGCAGCUCUUCUCCAAUGUGACAUUUCACUACCGCAGAAGCAGCGCCGCCUACUUUGCGGGUGUAUGUUCAUCGAGCCGGGGAGUCGGUGUCAAUGAGUACGGCAAUACAUGGACAAUGGCUGCCUCGCUUUUGCAAAGCCUGGCCCAGAACCUGGGCAUCCAGUGGGACCCAGCCAUCAAGAGAAAGGAUUGUGGCUGUGUGGACUCCUGGGUGGGCUGCAUCAUGGAGGACACGGGCAUCCAGCACCCGCGUAGGUUCUCCAAGUGCAGCAUUUCCGAUUACAAGGAGUUCCUGCUGAAGGGGCGCGGCUCUUGCCUUUUCAACCGACCCAACAAGCUUUUUGAGGCUACGGAGUGCGGCAAUGGCUACGUGGAGGUGGGGGAGGAAUGCGACUGUGGCCUGCGGGUGGACUGCUACAGGCAGUGCUGUAAGAAGUGCUCCCUCGCCAACGGCGCCCACUGCAGCGACGGGCGAUGCUGCAACAAUACCUGCCUGUUCUUCCCACGAGGAAACACUUGCCGCUACGAGGUUAAUGACUGUGACAUCUCCGAAACAUGUACUGGGGACUCUGGCCAGUGCCCCCCCAACCUUCACAAGCAGGAUGGCUAUGCCUGCCACCUCAACCAGGGACGUUGCUAUGGUGGUGAAUGCAAGAACCGCGAGAGCCAGUGCAGAUACGUAUGGGGCCCAAAUGCUGGGGCAUCGGAGAAGUUCUGCUACGAGAAGCUCAACACUGAGGGUACCGAGAAGGGCAACUGUGGGAAGGAUAGAGAGAAGUGGAUCCCGUGCAGCAAACACGAUGUGUUUUGUGGAUACCUCCUCUGCACCAACAUUGGCCGGACCCCUCGCAUUGGCCAGAUGAAGGGCGACAUCACACCCACCUCCUUCAACCACCAGGCCAGGCUGAUUGACUGCAGUGGUGGGCACGUCCUUCUGGAUGACGAGACAGACCUGGGAUAUGUAGAGGAUGGCACACCGUGUGGGCCCUCUAUGAUGUGCCUUGACCGCAAGUGUCUGCCCAUCCAGUCCCUCAACAUGACUGCCUGCCCCAGUGGCCCCAACGGUCAGGUGUGCUCCGCCCACGGGGUGUGCAGUAAUGAGGCGGCAUGCUCCUGUGAUGUCACCUGGGCCGGGACGGACUGCAGCAUGUCAGAUCCCCCGAAGGAGCCCCCACCUAAGGAGGACGAAGGACCCAAGGGUCCUAGCGCCACCAAUCUUAUUAUAGGCUCCAUUGCGGGGGCCAUCCUCGUGGCGGCCAUUGUGCUGGGGGGGACAGGAUGGGGCUUUAAAAAUGUCAAGAAGAGAAGGUACGACCCCAAUGCCAGUGCCAUCUAAGGGGAGACGGGGGACAGCCGUCACCCGGAAGCCUUUUCCCUGGUUUCGUUUUUCACCUACAGAAGGACCUAUUGCAGCUCUAUUUUGGCAUUAGUUUUACUUGAAGAAAAAUACACACAGGGGGCAAAUACAGCAGCACCCUUUCAGCUGAAUAGAAAUGCAGGCUUUAAGCAACCCCCACCCCAUGCCCCCCCGGCCCUGCACAUUUUUUACUGAACCCAGUUUUCAGUGUGAAAGAUUUCUUCUUUUGGAAACACCAGUGCAGACACUUGGAUGGGGCAGGGAGGAGCAUGGCAUUAGCAUCCAGGUGAUAUGCAGCCAAUGUCCCUUCCUGUGCAGAACAGCCCCGCCCUCCUCCUGGCAUGACGAGCCCUCGCUGAAGGAUCCCGCAUGGCUGCGAGAGCUUUGGAUGCAAACAAAAGCAAACUUAUGUCAGAAAAGAAGGAAAAGCCACCAAGUGGGCAGAAGAGCUGAAGUGUCUGUUUGCCUGGCUGGGACACAGGAACCAUGUCGACAACAUAGAACUAUAGACAAGACUGUGCAUAGAGUAGCCAAAACUCACUAAAUUUUAACAUAUCAUUUGACACUGACAUUAAAUGCUUUUUAAAAAUUUUAGCAUGUUAUAUAAUGGGUGCCUUGGGCUGUGUUUAUGAAAAAGAAAAAAAAAAAGGCUAUUGUGAGUUUGGAUAAAUUAUCAUAUAUUGCCUACAAUCACAUUCAGGAACUGAGGUCAGAAAUCUAGUAUGUGGGAGGGGGUUGAAGAAUAUACCCCAGAUCAGGUCAAAUCCCUAUGUCAUGUCGAACCCAAGGACAGUUUCAUGGGAUUAUACUUUGUCCCCCAGGGUAUAUCCCCUCCAAAAGAAGCCAAAGAAGUAAAGGAGUAGAUACAUGGGCACCCCCCCCCCACCUGGGAGUCAAUAAAGGCUGUCAUGCACACCCCCA